GCACCGAGCAUCAUCCUCUUCGCCGGAGCCCCGUCUCCAAACUCCGUGAAUCAUCAAUCCUGCACUCUCAACAGUUUCGAGGAGGCAUUCCACAUCUUACUUGGCCCACUUGAUAGCAAAGACCACCUACAGAAACAUACGAGUACAGACCCAAACUCAGGCGUUGAAAUUGCAUCACAACCACACGCCGUUUGGCGGUCUGUGCCGCUCAACCGGCGUCCUCUUCACACCGGCCUGAGCCAAAACCACAGCAUCCUAGACGUCUCCUUUCAAGCCCACCGUGACUUCUUCACCACGGCGGAUGCUUUUCCUGGAGAUGACACCCUGUCUUUUGGCGGUGCUGAAGAUGGAGGUGCGCUGCUUACGCAGUUUGUUGAGGAGUCGCUGGUCGCUCACAACUUGAUACCAUCCAGUCAGCUGGGCAGUUUCAGCAUAAACACAACUGAGGACACCACGAUAUCGUUCACCACAAAUUCUUCAAACAAUGCUUCCCUACAAGAGUCCGCCCGCCCACUGCCAACACCUGUGCCUUCGCAUCUCUCAGACUUGGAAGACGUUCCUUCAGCGGCCCGCAUCAUCGCUUUGAGCCCCCAAACAGUGACACUGAAUUUGAUCGUUGCAGUCAUCUCUAUCGCCCAACCGCGAACUGUCACAACGCGUUGGGGCACAACUUUAUCUCUGGUCGAGGUUCUGGUCGGCGAUGAGACCAAGUCAGGCUUUGGGGUAACCUUUUGGCUAUCCAGCGACCAGGUCACAACUAGCCAAGUGAGCAAACUACGCCGGCAGGAUGUUGUGUUGAUGGAAAAUGUGGCACUACACGUCUUCCGCGGAAAGGUGUAUGGCCAAAGUCUACGCAAGAACCUGACUCGAGUGAGCCUCCUAUGGCGGAACGAAGGUGGUGGGUACUAUCAUAAUAAAGACAUCACCAAGCGAGCGGCCGCGAAGCAUCCUCAGCGGGAGAAGACGAGGCUUGUCAAAGAUUGGGUUAUUCACUUUGUCGGGCGAGAUGUGGGAGCAACCACACGAAAGAGGGCCAGUCAAAGGUCGUGGGACCAGCCACCCGAGGAUACACAAUAA